UGGGCGGAGCCCGGAAGAGGCGAAGUGUGGCGACGAUGGCGGCGGCGUUCGGGCUGCGGCGUCUCCUGGCGGCUGGUCAGAGUCUGAGCAGGCGGGGAAUGAGGAGUCCUUUUCUGCCUUUUCCUGCUCCUAAGCUUGGUUAUCGCUUGACACCGUCUCGUAACUACAUACCCCGAAGGGCCGUUCUCUACGUGCCAGCCGACGACGAGAGGAAGAUACGGAAAAUCUCAUCUGUCGAUGUGGAUUGUGCUGUGCUGGACUGUGAAGAUGGGGUUGCUAUAAAUAGGAAGGCAGAAGCAAGAAUGACUAGUGUGAAAGCACUUGAAGAAUUUGAGUUUGGUCGGACUGAGAAGUGUGUUAGGAUCAAUUCAGUAUCCAGUGGUCUUGCUGAAGAAGAUAUAAAGGUCAUUUUGGAAUCCAAGGUUCUCCCUACAAGCCUGAUGCUGCCAAAAACUGAAAGUGUUGAAGAAAUAAGAUGGUUUACAGAGAAAUUUGCACACCACUUAAAAGGCCGGGUACUUGUAGAACCUAUGAAUUUCCUCCCUUUUGUGGAAACAGCAAUGGGCUUACUCAAUUUUAAGGAAGUUUGUGAAGAAACUCUGAGGACAGGACCCAAAAUUGGACUUCAUUUGGAUGGAGUCGUCUUUGGAGGCGAGGAUUUCCGUGCCAGCAUAGGUUCAACAAGUAGUAAAGAGACCCACGAUAUUCUAUAUGCCAGGCAAAAAAUUGUUGUCACAGCAAAGGCUUUUGGCUUGCAGGCCAUUGACCUUGUUUAUAUCGACUUUCAUGAUGAAGAGGGACUCCGUAAGCAGUCAAGAGAGGGUGCCUUAAUGGGUUUUACCGGUAAGCAGGUGAUUCACCCUAAUCAAGUUGCCGUUGUCCAGGAACAAUUCUCACCAAGCCCUGAAAAAAUCAUGUGGGCAGAAGAACUUAUCACAGCUUUCGAAGAGCAUCAACGCAUAGGGAAGGGUGCCUUCACUUUCCGCAGCAGCAUGAUAGACAUGCCAUUACUGAAGCAAGCCCAGAACAUUGUUAGUCUUGCCACAGCCAUUCAGAAAAAAUGAUCUGCUAAAUGAAGCUUCCCCCUAGAGAGGCUCCAGGAGUGAUUUAAAGGAGAAUAAUAUGAUAACUGGGAGGAAGAAAAAUGCAACUGUUCACACUUCGACAAAACUCUGUUUACCUGCCCUUGAACACUGCCAUAUAUUUUUCUUCCUUGUCAUGGACCAUAUAUUGGAAAGAUCAGAGCCCUGUUCCCAUUGUACUCACUUGUUAAGACUCGGCUGAAAGCAGAGAUCGACUUGUGUGGGGAAUAGAUCCAUUAAAAACAACAACCAAUGAAA